UAACCCUGCCCUGAACCACUCACAUCAAAAAUCCGAAAUCCACCCCCACAGAAUCAAAAGCAGCCCACCCUCUCGACCGCCUCCGCGGCCGAUCGCCGGCCGCUGCUGCCUCCGGCUGGCCACCUCCCCUCCCACCGUCGCCACCAGCAACUUGCUCUCGCCGCCGCCGCCGCCGCCUUGUCCGCUCGCCCGGCACACGCCGAUACUUGGUGGCGCCUUCGCUUUGCUCGUGCUUCCUCUCUCCGAAUCAGGCGCACGACGGAGCGGGGGCGGAAUCCAGAUGCUACUCUGCUGGUCUCCUUCUCCCCCUCGAAUCCAAACCUAUCAUCCGCUGCCUCCACUUCGCCCGAGCAGCUUCCCUCGAAGCGUGCUCAGACCCGGCAAGCAGGGGAGGAGCAAGGAGUGCAAGCAGCCGCGCGUCAGGGCGCAAUCUUUCCCCGGAAAGAACCAAUCUUUGCGCGCCCAACCCCGCCGGGCUGAUGGCUGCGGCCCUGCGGCGGAAGACCCGGGUGGUGAUUUGCCAGGCUCCGCGGCGCCGUCGCUCCCGGACGCCGAGGCGCUCGCUUCCUGUUUUCGUUCUUGCGGGAGCGCGGCCGGCGUCCGGAGAGCGCACGCGGUCGCCCUGCGGUCACUCGACAACCUGGGUGUGUUCGUGUCCAACAAUCUAAUCAGCGCUUAUGUGAAGUUCGAUGAAGUUCUGGAUGCGAGGAAGGUGUUCGACAAAAUGCCCCAGACGAGUGUUGUAUCGUGGACGGCUAUGAUGAACGGAUAUCGGAAGCUGGGCCAUCACAGUGAUGUUGUGAGGCUGUUCUUGAAUAUGGCGGCCAGUGGGGUGCAAGGUAACAGCUUGACUUUUGUUUGCCUGUUGAAAUCUUGUGGGGAGCGGUGUGACGCUAAGCUGGGUCGGCAGGUCCACUGUUGUGUUGUCAAAGGUGGGUGGAGCAAUGUGAUAGUGGACAGUGCCGUCGCACAUUUCUAUGCCCAGUGCGGCGAUGUUGCCAGUGCUUCGAAUAUGUUUGAUAAGAUGGCAUCUCGUGAUGUUGUCUCGUGGACAACAAUGAUCACGGCUUAUGUGCAGCAUGGACAUGGUGACAAAGCUCUUCGGAUGUUUUCAGCGAUGGUGUCUGAGGGAUUUCGCCCCAAUGAGUUCACUGUGUGCAGUGUCCUCAAGGCUUGUGCGGAAGAGAAGGCUCUAAGAUUUGGAAAGCAGUUGCAUGGUGCUGUUGUGAAGAAGCUGUACAAAGAUGAUAUCCAUGUUGGUAGUGCUCUCGUCACCAUGUAUGCCAGAUGCGGUGAGGUGUUUGAUGCUCAGACAGUGUUUGAUAAGAUGCCAAGAAGAAAUACUAUUACAUGGACUUCUAUGAUCUCUGGCUAUGCUCAAACUGGCUAUGGUGAAGAAGCUGUCUUAUUGUUCCGAAAGAUGAAGAUGCGCAGAGUGUUUGUUAACAACCUCACUAUUGUUGGUAUCCUUGGUGCUUGUGGCUCUAUGCAAUCACUUCAUCUCGGAAAGGAACUGCAUGCACAGAUAAUAAAGAACUCUAUGGAAGAGAAUCUUCAAAUUGGGAGUACACUUGUUUGGUUCUACUCUAAAUGUGGGGAGUAUACUUAUGCUGCAAGAAUUCUAGAAGCAAUGCCUGACCGUGAUGCUGUUUCAUGGACAGCUAUGAUUUCAGGCUACAAUAGUCUUGGUCAUAAUAUUGAAGCGCUUAAAUCAUUAGAUGAGAUGUUAUGUGAUGGUGUGAUACCAAAUACUUACACUUAUUCCUCAGCUUUGAAAGCUUGUGCCAGAUUGGAGGCUCUGCGAGAUGGAAGGAGGAUUCAUGGUGUUGUUAACAAGACCCAAGCUUUCUCAAAUGUUUUUGUGGGAUGCUCACUGAUCGAUAUGUAUAUGCGGUGUGGGAAAGUUGAUGAAGCACAACGAGUCUUUGAUGCCAUGCCAGAACACAACAUGGUAACAUGGAAAGUGAUUAUUACAGGAUUUGCUCAGAAUGGACUCAGCGAAGAGGCUUUAAAAUACAUGUACCUAAUGCAGCAAGAAGGGUAUGAUGUUGAUGACUUUGUGCAUUCAACAGUUCUGACAUCAUGUGGAAAUCUUCAGUUGAAAUCGAAGUGCAUCUCUUUUUCUGGCUCAAUAACUGGUUCACUUUCAGAGAUGUUUUAGAUUAGUUAGCAAAUAUCAGCAAAAUGCUGGUGCAACUGUACAAAGUCAGUGGUCGGACUCAGGUUGCUUCAACUAGUUUCUAUCUGAUUGUGCAAGAUCAUAGAAAGACGCGAUCAGAAACAUGUCAUUUCAAGGAGUGGGUAUACAUAUUUGUACUUGAAGGGAACAUUUACUAACCAUUUUCCUUCGAUUUCCUUAUGAAGCUGUGUGUACCAUAAAAAACUGAAGUGCAGACUGCAGACAGAACUUAAUUAGAUGUGUUUUGAGUUCUGAUUC